GUGUAUCAUACAUAGCAGAAAAGGGACCAGUAUGGAAUUGUCCUUUCAACUUCAUAAGGAGAGUAACUUGAGGCCAGAUAUUACUGAGGUUCUAGUUUCAGCAAUUCACCCAACAGAUCCAUCAAGAGAGCUUUUAUUCAGCAGUAGUGUUCCAAAUCGCGGUAUCCCAACCCAUUCGCAUCUAAUUACAGGGCUAAUAAAACUAAAGGGGAUGUCAAACUCCGCGUUCAGAUGCAAUUGUUCCCCACCGUGCGUCCUAUUUAUUCUUUUCACAGAGAGUUUAGGCUCCAACUCUAUUGGACUAAGAAGAAGAAGAAGAUUGAUACAACAUUUUCCGAUGAGCUAGAAGCUACAGACAUCUUGUACAAGAAGGAUGCAUUUAAUUCUAGGUGGAGCAGUUAUUUGGAAAUUGCAAGUGUAGACUUCAAAAUGGACCAAAAAUCCUUUUGGAAGGGCUUGCUGAAACAUUUCAAUGGGGACUACUUGAUGGUGGAUAUCGUUCAUUCCGGUUUGUUGGCACAACCGUCAGGUGUACCUAUUUUAAUUGAACGUGGUGAGGAAGAUUUUCACCUAAUGGGUGCCAGUCUUGAUAGAGUGCAUCUUGAUAGUGUGCUUCGGAAAGCUUUACAAUUGGAGUUAUCAGCUGUGCAACAGUUAGAUGCUACGGAGCUAACUAUUCAACAUGUACUUGAUUAUAAGAAGAGUUUGUGUAGAAAUGGUUUCAUUGUUUUCCAAUUCUAUUUCUUGAAGACCAUACUAGAUACAUCUUUUGGGAAGUAUUGUCGGGAACAUCGUAGGCCUGAUACAAAUUUGCAUCCAGCAAGUAACCCAAACAUCCCGGGUGAUGGAGAAGGUGGUGGUGGUUCGACUCAUAUAGAGGAUGAACUAAAUAUUUCUUUCAAUUCUAUCGAAGAAAUUGUGACCUUAGACACUGAUGGAAGUGAAAUGGCGGUCAUUGCUAAAGGAGCUAACAGCCCGGGUGAUGGAAGUGAAAAGGCAGUGGUCAUUGCUGAUGGAAGUGAAGAGGUAGUGGUCAUUGCUGAUGGAGCUAACAGCUUGGGUGAUGGAAGUGAAGAAACCGGCAAUGAUUAUGAUGAGCUAGUUAAAUCUAUGAGGGAAAUUAUGGCUGUACACACCAGCACUCUACAAACUAUCGAAAAUGUUAUCUCUAAUUAUAGAGAUUUUAUGACAAAGGCAUUUACAAAACAUCCAACAGAGAAGUACAGUCCUAGAGUGCAGAUGGAGAUAUCUAAGUUGUACACUUACGCACAACAACAUGCUUUUAAUCAGUUUAUAAAUGUGGGUGAGGAGGACAGCAAGCUUGCUAAUUAUAUUUCUGAUAUGCAGAAAAGAAAUUUUGCUGGACCAUCUACCGCUAAGGGUGAGAAAGUCAUAAAAACCAAAGAACAAGCCGGGGCAACUGCGAAAUUGGGGGAGGAGCAUGCAUGGAAAUAUUACAAAGAAAAGUACAAGAUUUAUAGAGUUCGUUGGAUGAAUGAUCCUGAAGAAUCCUCACACCCUUGUGAUAUAUGUGUUUAUGAUAGAGCAAAUUUGCCGAUGAUUUUUAUUGAAGUGAAGACAACCGUUGUUUGGGGAAAACCUUGGUUUUAUGUCACUAAGAGGGAGUAUUCAGGAAAGAUUUUAUAAUUGCUCAUGUUGAUGAAAAGGGGGGACCAUUUAGUCUCACUGAAUAUAUUGAUCCGAGUAAUUCGAAGAGUAAGCUAAAACUAUCUAUGACACGCAUCAAAUAAGGAAUGAACUUUCAGCUUUCAAGUGAUGAAAACUUCAACUGAGAAUUGAAGUGUGUAGGGUGCUUAACCAACUGCCAAAGAAUGUUUAUAGACAAUUUCCACCUUACAACAAUGUCUCAUCACUUUGAAGGGGCUUAGAUGCAUCGGAGAAAUCUACAUUCAAGAAACCACCACGGACUCUAGACAGGUCAGCUUCAGAUCCUAUCAUAUCAAAUGUUGUGGAUAAACUCAUUAGACCCCCAUUUUUUUUUCUUACUUUCAAAUUAGGAGCAUAAUGCGAUUCAGUUGUGUAAAAUUAGAGUUCAUCUUUGCUCCAUUUAAGUUUCCUCAAUUUACUCCUUCUCAUUUUAUUGUGCAUUGGCAAGCUUUGAAGUGGGUGUUGAAGUAUUUGAAUGAGUCUUUGAAGAGCAGUUUGAAGUACACAAAAGCAGCUCAAGAGGAAGACGCUUUGGAGGGGUAUGUUGAUGCAGACUAUGCGGGCAAUGUGGACACAAGAAAAUCUCUAUCGGGUUUUGUGUUUACUCUCUAUGGCACGACUAUUAGUUGGAAGGCAAAUCAACAAUCCGUGGUGACAUUAUCAACAACUCAAGCGGAGUACAUUGCCUUUGUAGAAGGGGUGAAAGAUGCCAUAUGGUUGAAAGGUAUGAUUGGUGAGUUAGGAAUUACUCAAGAAUAUGUGAAGAUACAUUGUGAUAGUCAAAGUGCCAUUCACUUGGCGAAUCAUCAAGUGUAUCAUGAGAGGACUAAGCACAUUGACAUUCGCUUGCACUUUAUUAGAGACAUGAUUGAAUCAAAAGAGAUUGUGGUGGAAAAAAUGGCAUCGGAAGAGAAUCCGGCGGAUGUGUUUACCAAGUUGAAGAAACAUGCCAGGGCAACCCAUGUUUCUCUACUACAAUGUCCCCACUCCACCGAAAACCAGACACAAAUAUUAACAUAGCUUACAUUCAUGUUUAAAUUAAUGCUUGUUUUUUCUACUAAUCAAUCAACAGUUUUUAUAUUCCCUACUGCAUCAUUCGUUGCUUGACUUGAUUCGUCAUACAAUUUCUGUUCAUUAACAAUAUCAUGCUUGUAUUGUAACAAUGUUGACUCAUGCUCAUGAAGUAAUUUUCUUACAUCUUAGUAGGA